AUGGAGAGACUGGUCCCAGAGGUCAGCAGGGACAUUUCGGAGCUAAGGGUGAUGAGGGGUCCAGAGGUUUCCCAGGAGCUCCUGGCCCCAUUGGUCUGCAGGGAUUACCUGGUCCAUCUGGUGAGAAGGGAGAGACUGGAGAUGUUGGACCUCUGGGUCCUCCCGGUCCACCUGGACCCCGAGGCCCUGCUGGACCCAACGGAGCUGAUGGUCCUCAAGGUCCCCCUGGUGGUUUGGGAAAUCCUGGACCUCUUGGAGAGAAGGGAGAGCCUGGAGAAGGAGGUCCACCUGGUAUUGGAGGAGAACCAGGAAAGAAGGGUCCUCGAGGAGAGCGUGGAGAGAAAGGAGAGGCUGGGCAGCCUGGAACAGCUGGACCUUCAGGAGGUAGAGGCCGACCUGGAGACGAUGGGCCAAAAGGAAACCCUGGUCCUGUUGGUUUCCCUGGUGAUCCUGGUCCCCCUGGUGAGCUCGGACCCAGAGGUCAAGAUGGUGCCAAGGGAGAGCGAGGAGAGGACGGCGAACAAGGAGAAUCUGGCUCUCCUGGACCUCCUGGAGAGAACGGCCCUCUCGGACCACCAGGGAAGAGGGGACCCGCUGGAUCUCGAGGACCAGAGGGGCGUCAGGGAGAAAAGGGAACCAAGGGAGAUGGAGGAGCAGUGGGACCUCCAGGAAAGACUGGCCCCGUCGGACCCCAGGGACCCCCAGGAAAGCCAGGAACAGAAGGGGCCUCCUGGUCUGGCCGGUCUGCGUGGAGAUCCCGGGGCUAAAGGUGAGAAGGGCCACCCAGGUCUCAUUGGUCUGAUCGGACCCCCCGGAGAGCAGGGCGAGAAGGGGGAUCGCGGACUGCCAGGCCCUCACGGCUCCACUGGGCCCAAGGGAGAGACUGGCCCACCAGGUGAGGUCAUCCAGCCGCUGCCGAUCCAGAGGAGUCCCAAAUCCAAGCGCUCCAUCGAUGCCAGUCAGAUCAUGUCAGACUCAGACAUGCCAGCUGCUGAUGCCACCGGGGCAGAGUUCCUCACGGGCAGUGAAGGUUUAGAGGAGAUCUUUGGAUCACUGGACUCAUUACGAAAAGAAAUAGACACUCUGCGAUUCCCACUGGGAACUCAGGACAGCCCCGCCCGCACCUGCCAUGACCUGUACCUCAGCCAGCCAGGAAUCAAAGACGGAGAAUAUUGGAUCGAUCCAAAUCAGGGCUGCUCCAGAGACUCCUUCAAAGUAUUUUGUAAUUUCACAAAAGGAGCUGAGACAUGCUUAUAUCCCAGCAGCAGCAUUAGCCACGUUAAGAUGAGCACGUGGCACAAAGAGACUCCAGGAUCCUGGUACAGUCAGUUUUCCACAGGAAGCAAAUUCUCAUACGUAGACAGCACUGGCUCGCCGGUGGGUGUGGUGCAGAUGGGCUUCCUGCGUCUCCUGAGCGUUCAGGCUCGACAGAAUGUCACGUAUCACUGUCACCGGUCGGUGGCCUGGGCCGACCGCAGCCUGAAGAACAGCCACAGCCGAGCACUGCAUCUGCAGGGAGCCAACGAUGAGGAGCUGAGCUACCAGAACAGCCCCUACAUCAAGGCCCUGGUGGACGGCUGCUCUUACCGUAAGGGCUUCGACAGGACAGUGCUGGAGGUAAACACGCCUCAAGUGGAGCAUCUCCCUCUGCUGGAUAUGAAGGUGUCAGACUUUGGGGAGAGCAACCAACAGUUUGGUUUUGAAUACCUGCCGGAGGAACAUCAGGAAUACUGUUGGAAGAAUGAGAAGAGAAACAUAAUUGAUAAAGAAACUGCAGCAGAGAACGCGAUCGACUGCACGGAGAAAGACGGAGAGAAGGAGAGUCUAUUGGAGCCAAUCAGUGUUUGUUGA